AUGGAGGUCCGGCGCGUGGUCCUCUCGGCCGCCUGUGCUCCGUACAGCUCGUGGAACUCGAGCGUCGUGCCCGUGCCAGGCGCAGAGAACGACCUACUAAGCUUGGGCUGUGAAGAUGGCAGUGUCAAGGUGCUAGCUCUGACAAGUGCGGCGUGUACGCUUCGGACCACCAAGGCCUACGGCAACGUUGGCGUUGGCCGCUUCUGCCACGCGUGGUCGGGCGACGGUGCCUUUGUAGCCGUUGCGCACGCCAGCCGCGUGUGCAUCUACGAUCGCUCGUGGGCGCUGCUACUCGAGGCCGAGUUGCCGUACUUUGGCAAGCACGUCGCCCUCACCUCGACGACGCUCAUAGUCUGCACGUCCAACGGCGCCUACGUGUACGCCUGGGACCGCACGCGGAUGCGCCAAGUCGACCACGUCUACGCAGAGACGCCCGUCGUGCACUGCUGCGUCUCCCCGUGCGGCGCAUGGCUCGCGCUUGGCGCCACGGACGGGCGCAUCCAGAUCCGGCACCUCGAGGCCCGUGCCGUCGAGCUGGAGGCCGUCAUGCCGUCGACCCGGAUCACGUCCGUGGUCCUGCACGCAGCAAGUGCGAUAUUCGCCGUCAAGGACGGGUACAUUGCAGUGUACGAACGCGACGACGCGUCGUGGCGGCUCGUGUCAGCUCCGUUUCGCGUGAGUGCGACCCCGUCGCCCAAUGCGUUUGUGGGGUACCCCUCCAGCACCCUCGUUGCGCAGUAUGGCACGCUGCGCGUGGCUGCUGUCGCACACAGCUCCCAGUUCAUCGACCUCAUCGACGUCGAGUCGGGGCGAUGCGUCGAGCGCGUCGUCCUGCCACCGAGUUCGAUGCUGCUGGGUCUGGCCUUCAUCGACGCCGUCGGCCUUGUCGCGCAUGAUGUGUCUGGCACGUGCUUUCUCGUGCGAUGGACGUACGGCGAUGCGCUGCUCGCCUUCCAGCCGUGCAAGGAUGCGCAAGAAGCCCGCGUCGAUGGGAGUCCGUGGACGCUACGGCGGGACGUCGCCGGUGCCAUCGCGCUCGACGACGGCCGCCGCUGCUUUCCCGCGCCGUUUUUACCACCAACGACGCUACACAACCUCGCGUGUGUCCCGCGGACCUUUCCAUGGUCGACCUUUACCAUCGCAUCCGAGGAUGCUCUACUUGCGGUGGCUCUGGGCAACACGAUUUUCUGCCACGUGGACGGAGCCUCGUCCUGGACACAUUGGGUGGCGCCGCACGGGAUCGCCUCGGUACAUGUCCUCCUCGGACGCGUGUGGGUUCUCUGUACAGCGCGACCUCUCAUCCUUGGCGUCCAUGCCACGUCCCUCGAGGUGACGGACGAAAUCGCAACAGACCAAGAGCUACCACUGCCAUCGCACAUUGCGCUGCAUGCGGUGGCACGGAACAGCGAUGCCAUCGAGUUGCAGCUCGUCAUGGAUUCGAUCGUCGUGUGGCGCCAUGUCCAUCCUUGUCCUACUAGCUACCGAUCGUAAUCUAUCAUCCCGUCUUGGUCUUCUCAUCAGCCUACAGCAGCCA